CAGCACUUCCUCAUUCUCUCUCCACAGAAGAUCAAAGAUGGAGUCCCAAAACUCCUCCAGAUCCUGCAAGAACCUCUUCAUUGCAGUGGUCUUGAUGACAGGUUUCUCAGCAAUAUUCUACAUGUACUAUGAGCCGUCCGUAAAUUGGUUAAACUGCCCAGCCGUUCCCAAACAUGAUGACUGCGGAAACAUCUGUAUCAACGCUCUUAAGAGGCCAAAUCAAAUCCAAAUAGUGAACAACACCUUAAUGGUGAACUUCACCUCUCUCCGACACCAGUUAACACAAACAGAAGCGGCUUCAUCGCAGGGAGACGAUCUAGACACCAUUAUCCUGGUCUGGAUGUGGCCUUUUGGGCAUCAGUUUGAUUUAGGACUCUGUAGUUCAAUGUACGACAUCCAUGGCUGCCACUUGACAGUCGACAAGAGUCAGUUUAACAAAGCACAUGGCGUUUUAUUUCAUCACAGAGACAUCUAUGGGGACUUAUCCAACAUGCCGAAACUGCCACGACCACCAUUCCAGAAAUGGGUCUGGAUGAACAUGGAGUCUCCCAGCAAUUCACCAAAGCUUUCAAGUCUAAACAAUCUGUUUAAUCUGACGGCAACUUACAGAAAAGAUUCAGACAUCAUGGUCCCUUACGGGCGAAUCUCAGAGAACACAGGUGGAAAGAAACAUUAUGAAAUCCCGCAUAAGAAUAAACUUGUUUGCUGGAUUGUAAGUAACUGGAACUCAAACUUUAAGCGGUCAAAAUACUAUGCAGAGUUAAAAGAACACAUUAGUGUAGAAACCUACGGAAAUCACUUCAACAAGCGCAUUGGUGAUCAAGAUUAUACAGAUGUGGUGUCCAGCUGUAAAUUCUACCUGUCCUUUGAGAACUCGGUCCAUAAAGACUACAUUACAGAAAAACUGUACAGGCCUCUGUCUCUCGGCACGGUUCCCGUGGUCAUCGGCCCACCCAGAGAGAACUAUGAGGAAUUCAUACCAGCCAGUGCCUUUAUCCAUGUGGAUGACUUCAAAACCCCCAAAGAGCUGGCUGACCAUCUUAAGCUUCUGGACCAAAAUGAUGAUCUGUACAGGCAGCACUUCACCUGGAGGGAACAUUUUGUUUCAAGAGGAGGCUCCUUUGGUCUUGAGCACGCCUGUUAUGCUUGCGAUCAUAUCAGGAGAAACAAGAACUAUAGAGUAGUUAAUGAUCUCAACAGCUGGUACUGGGGUUGACAACUGAUGCUAACAAUAGACUUCAGUCGUAGCAGAUGCCUUUUUUGUUAUGGGCGAAAACUUGGCUGUGAGGAAUACACUGAUACACACUUUACUUAUUUUCAAUAGUUUGAGGACUUUUUUUAAUCUGAAAAACUGCUAUUAAGAUCAAUGCAAAUACUAAUGCAAAACGGCAUAGCUCCCUCUGGGUAGCACAAACCUCCUUGCAACGCUCAAAUAAACCACAGACUGUGUGUGUGUGUGUGUGUGUGUUCCUGUACAGUAGUUACCCAUCUAUGACAACUUAACCCAUCAAUAGCUUACUUAUUUGAGUAGGCGAAAA